AUGGGACUGGAAGCAGUACCGUGUGUGCUUCGUAGUGCAGCCAACGGUGGUAAUAGUUCGUCUUAUUGUACUAUUGGCUUUCUUAUUCGACCAUCCACCUCAUCGACCAAUAAUACUACCGGUCAAACGGUUUCAAAUGCAACAGUUAGUACCACAGCUUCAGUAACGGUGCCAUCAGGUAGUGUUCCAAAAUCGUUGCAUGUAGUACCUGCAACUAUCCAAAAGCAGUCGGCUGCUAUUGCAACGUCUGCACCAAAACUGGUGGUUCCAAGCGUUCUACGAAUACAACCCACACCUUGUACCUCGGCACAUUUAGCGCCACCGGUUCUGCAACCGGUACACCAUCCGACACCUCCGAAACCACCGCCAUCUAUUCAACACCAUCAUCUUCAACCGCAGCAGCAACAGCAACCCCAGCAUUGUAGUACUGAUGGCUGGUUACAUGCGGCACCGCGCUCAAAUGUCAGUAGUGGUUCCUUCGAAUCACCUUCGCCUUCGCAGGUUGUACCACAAAUGAACCUAAAUGAAUCAUACGAUUGUCAAAUGCCGUGUACAAGCACCACGUCGUUUUUUCCACCCAUAUCUUCUAUAACGCAAAGCUUUUCAUCCGGCAAAUCCGACAUCGAUUUACUUCAGGACAUGACACAUGUUGAUUUUAAUCCCCCAAUUUUGCGUCAACAACAAUCACAGCAUUUAAUUGAUAAGACAGUAAUGAUAACUCCUAAUCAUUAUGCUCAGCAGCAUAAUAUGACACCUCCUCCACCACCACAGCAGCAUCACUAUCAUAAUACAGCCCCUCCAGUGAUGCAUAUCCAAGAUUCUUCGGUAUGUACACCCGUGCAAGCUAGUUACCAGGCACAUAUGCAGGUUGAUAUAAAUGGUGGAAUAUCAUCUUGUCACUAUCAAAGUAAUUACAACGUUGUGACAAACUGUUCCCCUAUAGCGGAUAGUGGGAUCCAAAGUAUCGCUGAUUCGCCACCAGCUGAUCCGUUCACUCCGCCGACACCGUACAUUCCUCCCCCUUCGAUGACUACGACGGUGAGUAAAAACAAAGUUCCACAAUCAACAGGCAAUUCGAUGAGCUAUUCCGACGAUUAUUCCGAUAUGCCGCAUCUGAUACCUUUUCAUCAAAUGGAAGCGGAAAGUGGUUCGCCGUUAACGGAAGAACCACCACCAUUUAUGACAAAAGCACCACUACCCGACAGCGUUGUUCUCAAAACUGCUGAAGUGGAGGAUACAUUAAUGGAAGAUGAAGGAAAGAAUACUGAACAGAAUGGUGAAACUGUAGCUGUAUCUCAAGAAAAAACAAAGAAAGAAUCGGAUGAUAACAUUCCAAAAAUAGCAAUUACGCCAGCAAUGAAUGUCACGGAUUUGGUGGAACAACUAAUGUCACAUAUGGAUCCUCAACAGCGCAAACAAUUUGCUAGUGCCAUUCAGUCGAAAGUUGCUGUUGAUGACAUUACAGCAAUUGAUAGCAGUACUGUUGUUACUACUAUCACUACCACCACUACUACUACUGUUACAAGUACUCCUUAUGGUGGUGCUAGUAAUGUUGCAACCACAACUACCGAUAUUACUUCUGUUCCAAAUAUGACCACUACAACUGAUAAUGCUACGACUAUCCAUGACGAUAAAUUAAUGGAAUUGUUACCGAAAGAACCAGAACAUGAAGUUGCUGCGCAAACCGAAAUUAACGGGUCAAAAGCACGAUCAUGUGAGGGCCACGACGUUGAAAGUGAAAUUCCGGAACUCAGAAGCGAGGUUCCGGAAAGGAGACGAAGAACUCGUAAACGCAAAAUGGAAGUUUGUAGCGAGCCGGUUUCAGGGAAGCUAGCGCGGAAGAUGAAACGAAGGGAAGUACCGAAUGAUGUUGUCGUAGAAUGUUCAAAUGUUGAAUUGGAUUUAAGUGAAAAGAUAAAUGCAAAUAGCAUGAAAGGGCAAAUACCUUUAUCGCUCAGAAAUUUAGAAGCUGAAGUGCAAACAGAAGAAAGAAAAUGUAAGGAACGAAAGAAACAGGAGAGGAAGAAGUUUAUAGCUGAAAAGAAGUUUCCCACAGGAAAAUUAGAGAAGAAAAAGGUAACUUACGAGGAAAUUCCUGAAGGAUAUCAAGAAUUUGCUGGAGGUGUUGAUUCUGCGGAGCCGAAUGUUAGUUUAGAAUUUCCGGCUGAGAAUAUGGCGAAUCAAAUUAAAGAACUUCAUUUGGAUAUGAAGCGUAAAAUAAAUGAGAAACUAAAAAUCGUCAUUGAACAAAUCGGCAGACAAUUUGCCAAUCUGGAACUGAAUUUAGGUGAUCGGAGGCAUUGGGAUUUACCGUGGUAUCAUUUGAAUUGGAAGGAAGUUACUCGAAGGUUAAUUGAAAGAAAUCGACUCGAAAAAUCAAAAGAAAAAAACGGUUUAAAAACAUGCCGGAUUGGGGAGAGAAAGUUACAGAAAUUAAGAAAGAGUGAUUCUUUUGUUGCAAGUGUUACACCAUCAUCAUCAAAAAUGUGUGAAAAAAGUCGUCGUUCACUCGGUGAUUACAUUAAGUUGAAACAAAAUGUGAUCGUUGAUGCCUAUCCAAAAAUCGAACAGAUGCAAUGCUCUUGCUCUUCUGGAUGUUGCGGUGAAAGUGAUGAAUGCUUGAAUCGAGUUGUAUUGAUGGAAUGUGGUAGUAGCUGUCCACGAAAUGCUCUUUGUACUAAUAAACGGUUGUUUCGGCGUGAGUGUGUUGAACGUUUGCGAACUUUCCAAACGAUGAAUGGUUGUGGUAUUGGUGUGAAAACGGAUGUUAAUAUUGAUAAAGGACAAUUCAUAUGUGAAUAUAUCGGUGAGGUUGUUUCAAUGGAAACAUUUAAUACUCGAAGUCGUACUGAUUACUGUUAUCAACGAAAUCAUUAUGCAUUGAACCUCUGUCCAGGUUUUGUCGUUGAUGCGUAUCGUAAAGGAAAUAUUGCACGAUUCAUCAAUCAUUCCUGUGCUCCAAACUGUGAGAUGCAGCGUUGGUCUGUUAACGGUUACUAUCGAAUUGGCUUGUUUUCUCUACGUAGAAUUCAUGAGGGUGAAGAGCUUACAUAUGAUUAUAACUGGGAUGCAUUUGAAUUUGAUGAUGUAACGAUAUGCUGUUGUGGCGCUCCGAAUUGUCGGCAUUUCCUUAAUAAAAAUGUUAUUAUGAAUAAUCGGGAGAAGGAACUAGCACGUAACACGCGUUUGCUUUUGCUGCGAAAUGUACAAAAAUCGGCAGCAUGUAAAUUAAAGAAAUUUAGAAAAGGAUCUCGAUCUCGAAGCAGAACUUCAAAAACGUCUUUGACAAAUCCGUCAACGAUUAACGGCGAUGUACAUUUGGAACAGCUUUGUCAAGAAGUGGUCAUGAAGUUUAAUGAUUCUAAAGUAGCUUCUAAAAAGCAGCUCAAAAAAUUGUCAAACUUCGUUACUGAGCUUCUUGAGCAGCAUACUUCCACACAGACAGUCUUGGAAAUGCUGGAAUCCAUCGAACUGAAAGUUAACAGUUUGCUUAGUAAAUCUGGCAAACCUCUGGAUCGGCGAAAGUUGGAUGUUUGGCGCACAAGUUUUGCUUCGAUAAAAGCAAAACACUCGCGUCAAGCGAGAAAAUAUGGUAAAAGUGAUUAUCAGCAGCAUCAUCAGAGCCGAAGGAAAUCUAAAACUGGACCUCAUCGGACGUUGGCAGCGGCAAUUAAUUACAGAUACCUUGAUUCUCCUAUUCCGGUUGGCUCAUAUGAUCAGGACAGUUUUUCGUAUCUUAGCAUAGCUGACGCUAAUACGGAUUGUGUGCGUUGCAUAUGUGGUACUACGGAUGACGACGGACCUAUGAUACAAUGCGAAAAGUGCAAUUUUUGGCUUCACGAAGAAUGCGUUUUCGAUGAGAAACCAUCUGAUGAAAUUAAAGAUUUUGUUUGUAUCAUUUGUUUUCGAAAUGCUCAACGCACGUCGACGGCAUCAAUUCCGCUGCGUAUUCAACCCGACUAUAAUUUCAAGAACUGUACGUAUUAUCGGACAUUGGUAAAUAUACGGCAUUUGCAAGUGCGUCUCAGUGAAACGGUAUAUGUGCAAAAACUUGAAAACGAUAAUCAUAAAUUGAUACUACGGCGAUUGGUGGAAUGCACGAAACAAAGUGGUCCAGUGGCAGACGUAAUUCCUACUAAACUAGAAGAGAUCGAUAAAGAAUUUUAUCCAGUAUCAUUUCAUCGUAAGGAUGUUCGAUGCUUCCGUAUCGAACGUCUUUUCUCGUUCGAAGGGCAUAAAUUCGUUUUUGGCUUCUAUUACGCACGACCACAUGAAGUCUAUUGUGAACCGGGCAAAUUAUUCCACGAGAAAGAGCUUUUUGCGACCAGCAUGUAUGAUACACUUCCACUUGAUGCUGUUGUUGGACGUUGUCUGGCUUUGGAGUCAAGUAUUUAUUGUCUUGGAAGGCCGAAACUGCCUCAUUAUGAAGAAGCGGAUGUGUACUUUGUGGAAUAUCAAACAGGAAAAAAUUCGAAGUUCGAAAAAGUUCCUGCUAAAAACCAAUAUUACAUUAAUACCGAUCCGCUCAUUUUUUCACGUUUCAAACAGAAAUUGACCAUUUCUAGAACAUUUACGCCUUUUGUAAUGGAACAGAAUAUGAAGAACUUUUUCCGUUCUAAUUCAAUAGAGCAUGACAACUGCAUAAUCGAAAGAAGACGACAACAAGCAGCUAAUUUAGAAAUAGUUCUGCAAAAUUUGCCGAUAAUGGGCAAAAGAAGAGAACCACUUAAAGCUAUAAGCUGUUCAUCUGAUAAAUUAUCAAAGCAGAGGCGACUACGCCAAUUCCGUCACUGA